AUGGACAAGCAUCCAUUUGCUAGCGCCAAAAAUAAUUCGGGCACUGUGCAGGUCCCUACAGGCUCAGGAAUUCCUAUGAGCAUUAACAACUCCUUCAGUGUGAAUAAUCAUACACCAUUUGAUAGAAAGGAUCUGACCACCUACUUUGACAAUUUAUUCAACAGAAGCAACCAUCCGUAUAUUUGCUUCUCCCACGUUUUUUUUAAGCUCCUCGCUGUAUCACUAUACUUUGUAGGACCUUUCCUAUUUCAAAGUGAAGAAUCGAAUGAGCAUGACUUCAUCAUCACAUUCUCAGUUACCCUAUUUUUAGUUUCGCUCGAUUUUUAUUUGGUUAAAAAUAUUAUCGGCAGAUUCCUGGUGAAGAUGAUUUGGUGGAUCGACGCGAAUGAAGAUUAUUCCAACAAAAUAAUUUUCAAAACGUCAGAAGAAAGCCUACUGAAUGCCACAGACAAGAAGGUUUUUUGGUAUGUACUGUAUGCAAACUUUUUCAUAUGGCUGAGCCAGACCUUACUGAUGUUGAUGUCGUUUCAGUUUUGUUGGUUUCUGCUCUGUUUUCUGUGCCUAUUCCUCUCCUUUUACAACUUAUUUAACUUUUGGAUGUGCUCCAAGGAACAACAUAAAGCAGUAGGCACCUUUUUGAGCCGCAUGAAUUUGAACCAGUUGUACAAGACAGUGUUCAGUAGGUAG